AUGGCUAGCGUUGUUCAGUCUCGUGACAACUCCCAAGUCUUUGGUGUUGCUAGAAUCUUUGCUUCUUUCAACGAUACCUUCGUUCAUGUUACCGACUUGUCUGGUAAGGAAACCAUUUCCAGAGUUACUGGUGGUAUGAAGGUCAAGGCUGACAGAGAUGAAUCCUCUCCAUACGCCGCUAUGUUGGCUGCCCAGGAUGUCGCUGCCAGAUGUAAGGAAGUCGGUAUUACCGCCGUCCACGUCAAAAUCAGAGCUACUGGUGGUACCAGAACCAAGACCCCAGGUCCAGGUGGUCAAGCUGCUUUGAGAGCUUUGGCUAGAUCCGGUUUGAGAAUUGGCCGUAUCGAAGAUGUUACCCCAGUCCCAUCUGACUCCACCAGAAAGAAGGGUGGUAGAAGAGGUAGAAGACUAUGA